AGUCCCCAUUUCACACACUUUAUGGAAGAAGACUGGUUUGUUUGGUUCCAUAAGAUCCUGGUUCCUGUCCUCCCAAGUUUCAGUCCAAUGAUGAUCAAGAGUGCAACCACAACCAUUUCCUGCAAAAACUUCCAAGUCGUUGUGAGUGGGAUGAGCAAUGCUGCCCCUGCAAUGUCCAAGGGACAACGAAAAGGCAUUGGAAAAGCCUUGCUAAGCCAUCUGGACAAAUCUGCCAGUGUCAUCAACAAGCCAGGUUGCAGACAGGGAAUUCAGAGUGAUGCGGAAUGGCUUGAAGCAUACUUGGGUGCAUUUUCCCAACAAGUAACAUACUCUGACCUCAAAGCCUUCAACCUCUCUGCGAUGGCAGUUGUGGACUCCCUCUCACCAGAGCAGAAGGUUGAGCUGAUAUUGGAUACAGACAGUGGAGCUUUGGAGGAUGAGGCCUUCCUAAGGGAGGUGUUGACGAGCUUGAUAGAGUCGCCUGAUGAUGAGGAGUUUGAACACUUUUUAAUUGCUUUUGCAAAAGCCAACAAGCAGAAAAACAUCACCCUCAUCAAAAAUCCAGGUGUACGAGACACAAUCUUGAGCCUGACUUUGACGGCCCUUGCGCCUGAAUUUGAAGAAUUUGAGGCUGAAGACUUUAAGAUGUUGUUCCAGGACCAGUUGGCUCCUGUCUUGGCGAGCCUCCACCCUGGCAGCUUGGCGGUCAUCCCCAAUAACAUCAGCUGUCACUCCUACAGAGCUAUACUCGGUGGUCUUGGGCAAAGUUUGGAAUCCCUGCCAUUGCACCUUUCGGACAGCCUGAGAUCAAGCAUAAAGUCACUGAAGGAAAGAUUCACACGUUGCUCACUUCCAGACUCCUUCAUGUGCAAGAAGACCCCGGUCAAUGAGAACCUCAUCUGUGCUGCAGUCAAUAGAUCACAUGUCCAAGAAACACUAUCUGUUUACAAUUCCUCUGAAGCGCUGUGCCGUUUUACCCUCACUGAGCAUGCUUGUUCCUCGGCUACACAUCUAACAGCCAGCAACUUGGUCACAUUGAUGAAAUGCACACUGGCAAGCAACAGGACAUACCCGACAGAGGUCUGGAAGCUUUUAUUCCAAAAAGCUUCUCCUGAACUAGACAAGGCUCUUGAGACAUUCGCAACCAUGGCACCAGGCAACAGCAAACCAUCCUUGUCACAUGCACUUGAGGCUCUCGGAGAGGUGAGAAUUGCCAACUUCAGCCAGACACAACUGCAGAGUGAUGACUUUGUCAGCAGCUGGUUCCAGACAAAUAUUCGUCCGUUUUUGGCCUCCACAACCCCCAACUUCCUAUUCUGCCUCAGCUCCAAGAACUUCAGCUGCGAGACCUACCAGACUGUCAUCAAGGCAUUCAGCAGUCAAAUGGCAUCCAUGGACAGAGAACAACAGCAAGCUGUCUACACUCAUUUCAUCCGGCCAUUCCUUUCAAGAAAUGACUCAUCAGAUCCUGGCUGUGUCUCCUUCAACAGAGGCAGUAAAGAGUGGCUUCAGGGCAACUUUGGCAACUUCUCUGGUUUUGCAAAACUUCGGGAUCUGCAACAUCUCAAUGCCAACUUCUCCAGCGCCGAAUUGUUGCCACUGCUCACUCCCACUCAGGUGGCAGAGUUGACACUGAGCUCAGGGGCCUUGAAUGACACCGACCACAUUGACCGUGUGUUUGAGCGACUCCAGGAGGGCGAUGCUCUGGAAAAUGUGGAAGAAUUCCUGACACAGCUGACAGCUAAUGGAAAGGGCCCGGAUUUCCAACCUGUUGUGAGAGACCGUGUAAUGAAUCGGACCUUCAGCAUUAUCAGUCCCCAUUUCACACACUUUAUGGAAGAAGACUGGUUUGUUUGGUUCCAUAAGAUCCUGGUUCCUGUCCUCCCAAGUUUCAGUCCAAUGAUGAUCAAGAGUGCAACCACAACCAUUUCCUGCAAAAACUUCCAAGUCGUUGUGAGUGGGAUGAGCAAUGCUGCCCCUGCAAUGUCCAAGGGACAACGAAAAGGCAUUGGAAAAGCCUUGCUAAGCCAUCUGGACAAAUCUGCCAGUGUCAUCAACAAGCCAGGUUGCAGACAGGGAAUUCAGAGUGAUGCGGAAUGGCUUGAAGCAUACUUGGGUGCAUUUUCCCAACAAGUAACAUACUCUGACCUCAAAGCCUUCAACCUCUCUGCGAUGGCAGUUGUGGACUCCCUCUCACCAGAGCAGAAGGUUGAGCUGAUAUUGGAUACAGACAGUGGAGCUUUGGAGGAUGAGGCCUUCCUAAGGGAGGUGUUGACGAGCUUGAUAGAGUCGCCUGAUGAUGAGGAGUUUGAACACUUUUUAAUUGCUUUUGCAAAAGCCAACAAGCAGAAAAACAUCACCCUCAUCAAAAAUCCAGGUGUACGAGACACAAUCUUGAGCCUGACUUUGACGGCCCUUGCGCCUGAAUUUGAAGAAUUUGAGGCUGAAGACUUUAAGAUGUUGUUCCAGGACCAGUUGGCUCCUGUCUUGGCGAGCCUCCACCCUGGCAGCUUGGCGGUCAUCCCCAAUAACAUCAGCUGUCACUCCUACAGAGCUAUACUCGGUGGUCUUGGGCAAAGUUUGGAAUCCCUGCCAUUGCACCUUUCGGACAGCCUGAGAUCAAGCAUAAAGUCACUGAAGGAAAGAUUCACACGUUGCUCACUUCCAGACUCCUUCAUGUGCAAGAAGACCCCGGUCAACGAGAACCUCAUCUGUGCUGCAGUCAAUAGACCACACGUCCAAGAAACACUAUCUGUUUACAAUUCCUCUGAAGCGCUGUGCCGUUUUACCCUCACUGAGCAUGCUUGUUCCUCGGCUACACAUCUAACAGCCAGCAACUUGGUCACAUUGAUGAAAUGCACACUGGCAAGCAACAGGACAUACCCGACAGAGGUCUGGAAGCUUUUAUUCCAAAAAGCUUCUCCUGAACUAGACAAGGCUCUUGAGACAUUCGCAACCAUGGCACCAGGCAACAGCAAACCAUCCUUGUCACAUGCACUUGAGGCUCUCGGAGAGGUGAGAAUUGCCAACUUCAGCCAGACACAACUGCAGAGUGAUGACUUUGUCAGCAGCUGGUUCCAGACAAAUAUUCGUCCGUUUUUGGCCUCCACAACCCCCAACUUCCUAUUCUGCCUCAGCUCCAAGAACUUCAGCUGCGAGACCUACCAGACUGUCAUCAAGGCAUUCAGCAGUCAAAUGGCAUCCAUGGACAGAGAACAACAGCAAGCUGUCUACACUCAUUUCAUCCGGCCAUUCCUUUCAAGAAAUGACUCAUCAGAUCCUGGCUGUGUCUCCUUCAACAGAGGCAGUAAAGAGUGGCUUCAGGGCAACUUUGGCAACUUCUCUGGUUUUGCAAAACUUCGGGAUCUGCAACAUCUCAAUGCCAACUUCUCCAGCGCCGAAUUGUUGCCACUGCUCACUCCCACUCAGGUGGCAGAGUUGACACUGAGCUCAGGGGCCUUGAAUGACACCGACCACAUUGACCGUGUGUUUGAGCGACUCCAGGAGGGCGAUGCUCUGGAAAAUGUGGAAGAAUUCCUGACACAGCUGACAGCUAAUGGAAAGGGCCCGGAUUUCCAACCUGUUGUGAGAGACCGUGUAAUGAAUCGGACCUUCAGCAUUAUCAGUCCCCAUUUCACACACUUUAUGGAAGAAGACUGGUUUGUUUGGUUCCAUAAGAUCCUGGUUCCUGUCCUCCCAAGUUUCAGUCCAAUGAUGAUCAAGAGUGCAACCACCACCAUUUCCUGCAAAAACUUCCAAGUCGUUGUGAGUGGGAUGAGCAAUGCUGCCCCUGCAAUGUCCAAGGGACAACGAAAAGGCAUUGGAAAAGCCUUGCUAAGCCAUCUGGACAAAUCUGCCAGUGUCAUCAACAAGCCAGGUUGCAGACAGGGAAUUCAGAGUGAUGCGGAAUGGCUUGAAGCAUACUUGGGUGCAUUUUCCCAACAAGUAACAUACUCUGACCUCAAAGCCUUCAACCUCUCUGCGAUGGCAGUUGUGGACUCCCUCUCACCAGAGCAGAAGGUUGAGCUGAUAUUGGAUACAGACAGUGGAGCUUUGGAGGAUGAGGCCUUCCUAAGGGAGGUGUUGACGAGCUUGAUAGAGUCGCCUGAUGAUGAGGAGUUUGAACACUUUUUAAUUGCUUUUGCAAAAGCCAACAAGCAGAAAAACAUCACCCUCAUCAAAAAUCCAGGUGUACGAGACACAAUCUUGAGUCUGACUUUGACGGCCCUUGCGCCUGAAUUUGAAGAAUUUGAGGCUGAAGACUUUAAGAUGUUGUUCCAGGACCAGUUGGCUCCUGUCUUGGCGAGCCUCCACCCUGGCAGCUUGGCGGUUAUCCCCAAUAACAUCAGCUGUCACUCCUACAGAGCUAUACUCGGUGGUCUUGGGCAAAGUUUGGAAUCCCUGCCAUUGCACCUUUCGGACAGCCUGAGAUCAAGCAUAAAGUCACUGAAGGAAAGAUUCACACGUUGCUCACUUCCAGACUCCUUCAUGUGCAAGAAGACCCCGGUCAACGAGAACCUCAUCUGUGCUGCAGUCAAUAGAUCACAUGUCCAAGAAACACUAUCUGUUUACAAUUCCUAUGAAGCGCUGUGCCGUUUUACCCUCACUGAGCAUGCUUGUUCCUCGGCUACACAUCUAACAGCCAGCAACUUGGUCACAUUGAUGAAAUGCACACUGGCAAGCAACAGGACAUACCCGACAGAGGUCUGGAAGCUUUUAUUCCAAAAAGCUUCUCCUGAACUAGACAAGGCUCUUGAGACAUUCGCAACCAUGGCACCAGGCAACAGCAAACCAUCCUUGUCACAUGCACUUGAGGCUCUCGGAGAGGUGAGAAUUGCCAACUUCAGCCAGACACAACUGCAGAGUGAUGACUUUGUCAGCAGCUGGUUCCAGACAAAUAUUCGUCCGUUUUUGGCCUCCACAACCCCCAACUUCCUAUUCUGCCUCAGCUCCAAGAACUUCAGCUGCGAGACCUACCAGACUGUCAUCAAGGCAUUCAGCAGUCAAAUGGCAUCCAUGGACAGAGAACAACAGCAAGCUGUCUACACUCAUUUCAUCCGGCCAUUCCUUUCAAGAAAUGACUCAUCAGAUCCUGGCUGUGUCUCCUUCAACAGAGGCAGUAAAGAGUGGCUUCAGGGCAACUUUGGCAACUUCUCUGGUUUUGCAAAACUUCAGGAUCUGCAAGCUCUAAAUUCCAACUUCUCCACAGUGGAGGUUGCAUAUCUUCUUACUGUCAGUCAGCUGGCUCAGCUCGCAGCAACUCCCUCACAUCUUAAGACAAAGAUGGAUGUGACAAAUAUCAUGAAAGUCAUCAACCCUGUCAACUUUGGUGCUUUCUUUGACAUCGUCUCACCAGCCAUUGAGACUCACCCAGCCAACUUCACAGUGGAGGUGAAAUCUGCCUUCCUCCAGGAAGUAUAUGACAGAGGGAAUCUGUCUUCUCCAGUUAUCAGUGACACAGAGUUCUUGCUGUGGCUCAGGCGACUGAGCCCUCUUCUGGUUAACCUCUCUCCCAGCCUGGUGACUUCCUUAUUUAACAUCGGGAAGAAAAGGGGGUGUAACAGCAGCGAAAAGAUAAUUACAUUGCUGGACACACACCGCUUGACACUCAGCAGCAACACCCAACGAGAGAUCAAUACAAAUAUUCUGCAAUCCCUUCAAGGUCCAACGCCCCUCGAGUGUUACAGGGGUGGAAGCUUCUACAUCUAUCUGAGAAACACUUUCCACAGAUUUGAUUUUCCAGAUUUGUCCACGUUCACGUCUCUUCUGCCCCCAACACGAGAGCCAGAGCUCCUAAGUACCAUCAGCACCUCAGAGCUGAAUCAGUUCCUCAGUCGACCCAAUGUGAUUGGCAACGAAUCUGACAUCUGUGUCAUAUUCAACAACUACAACAACACUGCUGCCUUCCUAGAAACUGAGGAUGUUCCAGAUGAUGUGAAGAUGAUGACCCUCCCCUGUGUUUGGCCUUUGGCGCUGAGCAGCAACAACCGUGACGAGGUUGAUUCCUGGUUUGAUGUGCGGUUGACUAAAUAUUUUAGAUUCCUCACCAAGACCCUCAUCAGCUCCAACGAAGUGCAGCAUGCUUCAUGUCUUGCCUUCCAAAAACUGGUCUCUGUAAUGGGAAAUAACUUCACAUACAACAACUCUGAGUUUGGACAGGCUGAGGUAUACACCACAAUCAGCACCUAUCUGGGAAAUGGCUCUGAAGCCAGAUGCUACAACGACAAUGAUGCAGAACUGAAUUCUACCGCGUGGUUUGCCAAUAACAUUGGCAACUUUAUGACGUUUGCCACUGUUGAUGAUAUCAGCAACUUCAUCUCCCCCAGUCAAGCUAAAGUUUUCAUGGUCGACCAAGCCAACCUGGAGCUCUUUAAAAACGCAGCAAUUCCACAAACUGUGAUCGACUACUACAUCUUGACUCUUUUUGAAUUCAACCCCACCUUCAACCCUCUCAAGGUUCCAGGUUCUUUCCUGUGCUCUCCUGAGGUCCCAAGUUCAGCAUAUUCCUCUGCUAGUGAAGCUGACACCAUCAAAAUCUUGAAGGAGCUCGAGAAAUCCUGCAAUGGAACAGAGGAUUCUGAGGUAUCAGCUGUUCUGGCAUCCAACAUCGAGACCUUCACACCGGAGACGUUUUCGACCUUGGGCAGUGCAAGUUCGGGCCUGAGCAACACCAAGAUCUCUUCCCUUUCCCCCACAGUGAUGGUUUCCUCUCUGUCCACCCUGGGCUCAGUCAGCACCUGGAACCAGGGCCAGGCCAAUAUAUUUAUCCAAAAAAUGAUUUCUUCAGGGUACAUGAUCAACAACGGAUCGCGUCUGGAAUCCCUCGGCACGCUCGUUGCUGGAGUUCCUUCAAAAACGAUUGAGAAUAUCCCAGCCACUGAGCUAUCCAGCAUCUCUCAGAACACUGUCUUUGUUAACAACAUGAUUGCAGCCCCGACAGUCAUCCAACAGAUCUUCGUCCAAAAGAUCAUCUCUCUUGACCAAAGUGCAGCCAGCGUGGUGCAGAAUGUCCCCGAUGCCAUGGCAGCUGAGAUUCCAUCUUCCUCGCUGGUAUUCUCUGGGCCUGUGGACAUCAGUAAGAUCAACAAGAAGACAUGGACAGGAGAGCAGGCGGCCAUGUUUUUUGAGUCACUGGGCGAAACAGACUUUGACACCGAGGAGCUAAAUCCAACUGUUCUGCAAGGCUUUACAUGUAACACAGUGCGGAAAAUGAAAAAGAAAAGGGUCCGAGGGCUGAUCCGUUCCUGUAGGCCAAGGAAAGGCAGGGCAAAGGUGAAGCUGGAGGAAACACAGCUGACGUGCAUGUACAACCUGCUCAAGGGAAACCUCUCUCAGGACUUUGCAGAUUAUCCAUCAGACAUGCUCAUCUACCUAAACAUCAAAGAUGUCCAGGGUGCCAACUGCAGGUCAUACUUUACCGCAUUGGGUGCUGCAGACUUCACUGUGGCCUCCAGUGUUUUGAACAAAGACUCAGGGCUAUUCAGCGAAGCCAAGAACUGCUUGGGUAUAAGUGGUGUGAAACUAAACGGAGGCGACGUUGAGGUGCUAGGGAACAUGGUGUGCACUCUGAACAGUUCUUACAUCGAAGACAGCGAUUCUCUCAUUUUGGAAAAACUCAAAGCCUGCAAGGACCUCUCUGCCAGCCAGGUGGCUGCCAUGGAGAAACUGAUGCUGUCUGGGAAGACAAAAUACGGGGAUGUCACCACCUGGAAUGCGAAAACCCUGGUAGACCUCGGAGAGCUACCUCUUUAUUUAACAGAGAACUUCUGGGGCAAAUUCAAAUCUAAAACAAAGAAAAGGUUCCUUAAGACCUUUAUGCCAAAACAGAGGAAGAAGAAAGUGAGGAAGAGUAAGCUCAAGAAGCUGUUCAAACACAUCAGUGCCCGCAAGACAAAACGAGGAGCAGGCUGCACUGUGGGCGACAUCACCCAGGUGACAGUCAGUGACAACGCCUUCCCAUUUGGCUACGACCUGACGCAAUUCGACCUCUGCCUGGACAUCCCCGUUCUAAAGGACAGCUUGGACUCUAUCUGCCAGAAAGUGGACGACAAUGACUUUCAGACAGUCAUUCUGAGGAAACUCAACGAGGCUUACCCAUCGGGUGUUCCUGAAGAGCAAGUUCAGGUGCUUGGUUCAGUGUCUCGUGUGGCAACACUUGAUGACAUCUCCAAGUGGACAAUCACCAAAGUUGACACCCUGGCGGCACUCAUGAAAACUGAAGAUGGCUCCUGGGAGGCAGCAAAGAGCAAAGCAAUCAUCACCAAGUAUCUGGAAACUCCUGGAAACUCCCUUGGCGCCACUGAGCUGAACAGCAUUGACUCCAACCUGUGCUCAUUAGACAUCAGCUCGCUGGAGAAAAUCAAGCCAGACAGCAUCAGAAAUGCCAAACCUUUGAAUUUGGCGUCAUGUUCAACGGAGCAAAAGAAAGUCCUGUAUGAGAUCAGUAAAAUCUCCUUCGUCUCACAGAGUUCCAAUCCGACUUACUACAACUUAAUUAGGCCCUAUCUAGGCGGGGCACCUCUGACAGAUAUAGUAGAAUUGUCAAAACAGAACAUCAACAUGGACUUGAAAACUUUCCAGAGUCUGGACCCCAACGUGAUCUCUAAAUUGACUGCGACGGACGUGAAAGCCCUAGUGGGAGCCAAUCUACCAGAUCUGAAGGUGUUUGAGAAUGCUACCGCGGUUGAGACCUGGAGAAACUUGUUGACCCAGGCAGAGCUGGACACCCUGGGUGUGGGCCUAACCACCAGCAGAGCCACCCCGACCACGGCACCACCAAACCCAGCUACCGUAAAAACAACAACAGCUAAACCAAUUACAACCACGACCCCGAGAGUGACAACAACAACAACUGCACAAGUUAACGCCACAAGUGGGGGAGCACAGCUUUCAAAACACCCAACAUCCAUGUUCCUGGCUGCUCUGCUGACAGCUGUGCUGCUGCAACUACUACAAUAACCAUCAUAAAUAGAUGUGAAACUUACUUAUCAUACUCUUUAAUAAUCAGUAACUAUUUAAUACAUUUUUCAGUAAUGCUCACUUCUUUAGAGUGAGAUUUGUUUAUAAUAUGUUAGUUAUUUAUCACCCUGGAAAAAAAUUGGUAAUUCCACUGCUCACUCUUAAUGUUUAAAAUUGCAGGAAUAUAACAUUUAUAUAAUAUGUUCUAAGGUGAUGGGUCACUAUAUACUCAACUUACAGUACUGGAAUUUUUUUAUUUUAGCACUGCUAAUAAUAGCCUUUAUUUGUUAUCAUUAUUAAAAGCUUAAGUGAAUGAAAAAUACAUAUCAUAAAGUGCAUUUUAUUGUCUAUUAUUGUAACUGCAAUGCUACUCCUCAAAUUAAUAAAUGCUAACUAACAAAUA